AUGUCACUAAUUUUAAAUUUAUUGAAAAAUUGUUUUUGUUAUGAUGGUUUCAUAAAUAAUUUAAAUUCAGAAAUUACUAUCAAUGGUAAGUCUUACUCUAUUAAAAACUUAUUAUAUGAAAAUUCAACCUCAUUCACCUAUUUAAUUCUAAAUAACACUAACAAUUUGGCUCUAUUGAAAAAAAUUACUUGCUUCACCACAGAUGACGUUAAAUUAACCUUAAAUGAAAUAGACCACUAUAGAAUCUUCAAUAACGAUAAUCUAAUUAGAUUGAUCGAUUUUCAAAUAACACAGGAAAUUGAAGAUGAUAACGAUUCAAUCUUCAGAUUAUCAAAUAACCAAACAAUUUCAUUGGAUUAUUCAAAUCAGUCCUUAAAAAUUUGUUACAUCAUAUUGCCUUAUUACCCAUUGGGUACUUUACAAAAUUGUAUAACUAAACAAAUAAUUAACGGCGAAUUGCAAUGGGAUGAUUCACAGGUUCUACAAGUUUUAAUGACUCUAUCAAACGGUAUUAAAUAUUUACAUAAUAGAAAUCCAUUAGAAAAAAUUUCAUCUCCAGAUACUUAUUCGAAAAUCGAUAUUAAAUUCGACGAUUUAUCGACUUUGAAAAAUAAUUCUCCACUAGACCCAUUGGAUGAUUCAUAUAAUUCCGCUACUUUAUCCUCAUCGACUAAUAAUGAAUUAGAAAAUAAUCAUUACUACAUCCAUAUGAAUUUAACUCCGGAAAAUAUAAUGAUAGAUAACACUCAGGAUUCUCAAUUAAACGCAAUUAUUUCAGAUUUAAGCACUUGUAUACCCACUACAAUGAUAAGGAAUACAAUUGAUUUCAAAGAAUGGAUUGAAGAUCGUUGCAAUAUUUUUUACAAAUCCCCAGAAUUACUAAAUAAAAAUAUAAAUCUAAUAUCAAAGAAAACUGACAUUUGGUCAUUCGGCUGCAUAAUCUACCAACUGCUUUAUGGAUUAUCUCCUUUCCAAAGAGAAGAACAAUUGAAAGGUGCUUCUAUCGUAUAUUCUAUUUCAACUUGUAAGUAUUCAAUUCCAGAAAACAUUGAAAUAUUUAAAGAUGUUACAAUUAAAAAUAUUAAUGAACUUAACGAAAUAAUUAAAAAAUGCAUACAAUUAGACCCUUCUAAAAGACCUACCAUUGACGAGAUUAUUGACGAUUUAGAGAAAAUCAAAAAUAAUAAUGUAUAA